AUGGACAUUGAAGAAGGCCAAAGACCUCGCGUAGUCACCGGUGGAAUGCAGGGGUACCAAAAAUGUCUGCUUAUAUUCUUGGGGAUCGGACUUUUGACCAUGGUGAUCGUUUUGCCCCUGAGUUUCAGUGGGGUCGAAUAUUACGAGGUAGGUAUUUGCCCAAUAUUGAAUACUUAUGUUAAAAAUACUACAGCCUAAAAAAUCGUUUCGCGGUUGUUAAUGUAGCUUUGCUGUGAACUGUAGUAUUAAUCCGAAUUCUGCAGAACGACAAGCGACAAGCACUGCAAUUGCAUGACACUUGAUUUUCAGAGACACUCCCUUGCUUGUACUUUGAAGGUCACGCAAUACGCUGCCUCUCAAAUCGAGGACAAAGUCAAACAGCUUACACCCGGCAGGAAGGAAAUAGAUCAAUGUUUGUCAAUAGAAUAUAUAAAAGGAGCACAAUAACACUCUGCCGAAGACACCCUUAUAAAAACCGGUAGUUUUCGCCAUUGUGAGAUCGCUUUGCCUGAGAUAGGUCGCUGUCGCGUUUUGUUUUUGGACAGUCAAUUCCUUGCACUUUUUCCUCCGGGCUAUUUUACCAAUGAUAAACCCUCUUUAAAAUAGGCUUCAUGUAGCUACAUUUAAUAGGUCAAGCUGCAUCUGCGUACAACACAUUUCUCAUUCUUAAUUUUCCAGCUGGGAAUUAGGAAACAAAAGUCAACUGGGAAUAUCAAACUGGAUAAAGUAUACACUGGCGGUCGACACUUGAUUGGUCCUGAUUAUACGUUCAAAAAAUUUGAGGCUACAGUGCAUUACGAGGAGCUGAAGAAGAUCGCAACCUUUACUAAAGGAACUGCUGAUAGUCUUGGCGUGGCAGUCGAGAUUACUUGUGCGAUGCAGUAUUUCCUUCGCCCAGAAGACCUGAAAGAUUUGCAUCAGCAGUAUGACUUGUAUUACAAGUAUGGCUUUAUUAACUUUUUCCUUGCCUCCUAGCCUGUAUUUUUGCGUAGGUCAAGUACGCAUAAGCGGUCCAAAGGAGGGUCUGGAGCGAAGAUAAAAACGGAAAGUGAGACUGGGGAGAGACGCGAACAAUAGUAAGGCCUGUGAAGCUCGUGUGCUUCACGCGAGAAUUUCAGGCUGACGCAUCGCGCAUUGAAAACAGAUUCAGAGAAAAAGACCCCACUGUUUUGCAGUCUUAUGCACCCGGCUACUUGCACCCCUUUCUCUUCUAUUGUUACUUAACUAAGGGCCUAAAGCAGUAUGCGGCGGUAUUACGAUGGGUCGCGUGUCAGUGCUGAUCGAAUUGAUUUGCGUUUUUUUACAGGCCUGUCGUUAGAACAACAGCAAAUGCAGCCAUUAAGGGUCGUGCUGCAGAAUUGUCAGUGUCCCAGUUUAUUCGUGAUAGAGAAACAGUGGAAACGGAACUCUUUAAGGCAGUUAAACGUAGACUUGAAGGUAUGUUUAUGUACAUAAAGACUUUGUGAAGUAAAAAUGUACUUGUUUGCGGACUGAAAUGACUCUACAUCAAGAGAUCCCUAAUACGACAUUAUGAUCUCUUGCUCUUCUUCGAAUUCGAACCGUUAAAUGCUGAAGGAAAUUGAAAAAACGAUUGUUUUGCGGUCUUGGGUCUAUGGGUUUUUGCGACGUAAUUGAAGCCGUGACGAUCACUCUUGAUGAAACGACGAUUUUAGAGAUUAGAGCGACGAUUUAAUUGCCAUCCCGAUUAAGUUUGAUAACGUUAGUCGUGCUAUGACGGCAACUAAAACUGUCAAAACGUGUGCUGCACAUUGAGACUUUUUAUUUGCUUAUAAAAUCUACAACCUGUAGCGUAAAGGUUUUGUUAUUUCCUCUUUCCCGUCUUCGUCACCUUGGUUACUCAAGCUUGCUAGCGACGUUACCAAGGAGAAAAAUUCUUGACAUGCGACGGUUUCGUUGAAAAACCGACGAUUUGAUGGAAAACGCGCGACGAAAAUAAUGACCAAAGGUUCUCAGAGACUCACCUUUGGACUCAGGCUCAGAAAGCGUCAUUUUUUAGAAAAAAAAAAUUAAGGGAAUCCGACGGGGUUUUUACAAGGCUUUUUGUCUGGUUUAAAGCAGUCGGAGGCUUCCUCGCAAAAGAAACGGGCUUUUCCAAAUGUAGUACCUAUUUUCGGCCUCAGUUAGCUAAACGAUUCCAAGAAUUCCCCAAUAUUAUGUUGUUGGAAAUGCGUUCUGUAAUGCUUUGUGUCUAUGUUUGUUUUGGUAUUUUUGUUAUUUCCUUCAUAGGCACCUGUUGUCUCAAGGAUUGUGCCGCCAAAAAAGCGUGCGUUCCCGGAUGUGUGGAGUACUCCAAGUGUACGACGUCUCAAAAAGGCCUGUUUGUAGAAGUUAGAUAUUUUCAGUUCUUGGAUUUUGACAUCCAUGAUGAUGUAAAGAAGAAAUAUUUUGAACGGGUGAAAGAAGUAGAGCAGAAACAGCAGGCUCAGUUUGAGCAAGAUGAGAAGGUCAGCGAUAAAUCGUGAAACCUUCCUUUUUAGUUCAUAAUAAUUUCCGUUUUUCCUCAGUGAUGACGCCUAUUUUCGCCCUCCGCUUCGUCGAAAAGAUGAGAUAUGGGCAGGAGAUUUAGUUCAUGACUCCGCAAAACAGAAGCCAAUGCAUAGAACCUCCUUACUUGCUUUUCCGUUCUUUUUAAUUCGUCUUUUCUUAGUCAUGAUCAGUUUGCAAAGAAAAAAAUAUCGAAAGUACCCGAUUGGGAGUGGAGGACAAGUGAAUGGCAUUCUUUGAAUUACAGAUAAUUACAGUCGACUUUCUUUAAGACGGACACCUUUGGAACGGCAAUAUGUGUCUAUCUUAGGGCCUGUUUACAUGAAGGUGGGGGACCCCUGGUAGGUGAGGUAACAUGUGGCGGGUUACCCCACCUAACAUGUAAACGUGAUCACAUUAAAAUGAGAGAUUGCAUGGACAGGCGGGUUACCUCACCUACCUGGGGUUCCCUACCUCCAUGUAAACAGGCCCUUAGAGAGAUCUCCAUCUAAUAAAGAGUCAGCUUAGCUCAAGAGUAAAGAAAGGCAUGGUGUCUGUUUUAGCAAGGUGUCCGUUCUACAGAGGUGUCCGUUCUAUGAGGGGUCCGUUCUAUAGAGGUGUCCGUUCUAUGGAGGUGUCAGUUCCAUAGACGUGUCUAUUCUAUAGAGAUGUCCGUUCUAUAGAGGUGUCUUUUCUGAAGAGGUGUCCAUUCCAUAAAGGUGUCCGUUCUAUAGAGGUGUCCAUUCUAUACAGGUAUCCGUUCUAUAGAGGUGUCCGGUAAGAAAGAGUUGACUAUCGCACUUAGCUACUACUCUAACAAUGAUCCAAAAACAUCAUUAAAAAGCCAACUCUAGUAGCAGACAGUCAGUUGAGUCGUUUUACAAGUAAAUUAAGUACGGCCGAACAGAGACAAACAUCCUGAAAAAACAGGCUAGCAAUCAAAGAGAGACUAACCCAUGGACGUCUAGGUGCGAAUCCGACGCGCUGACUACUCGGCUGCGCUGCCACGGCAAAACGCGGUUGACAAUGUAAUUGCCGGUUUCGUUUAGGUUUUAAUCCACUAUUAUGUUUUUCUACGCAGGUCGUGCGAAAGGAAACUGAGCGCAUGAAGAACGAAAUCAACAACGCAGCCGCAGAAAUCGCACAGAAUUCCUCUGCCCAAGCCACAGUCAUUCUUGCGAAGGCAAAAGCCGAAGCGCUACUUAAGGUGGAGAAAGCACGUGACACGGGGCUGUCCUACAUCUACCAACAACUGAAUAUUACUAAAGAAGCACAAAAGUCUGCCUUCAAUUAUUUACGCACGCUUCGGGGGCAACAAAACGUCAAGCUUAAUGUUGGUUACCAAACGCUUAUGGCAAGAGAUUAAAGGAGAGAUUAUGGCAAGAGGUUUAUGGAAACUACUGAAACUCAAUCCCGUCGAGUGAUCUGACUAAUGGUUUCUGUAGGAAUGAUAUCUUCUCUUAGUUAUUCGUAAUCAUUUGACGUUUUAAGUUACAAUAUGUUAUUUCAGAAGACACUUGCUUAGUUUCUAGAAGUCACUUGUUGGAAGGUUUCAACUGGGUUAACUGUCAGCCGAAAAACGACGAUAAAUUAAGUUGUUAACAAAAAUUCGAGAAAAAAGUAAUUGUUUGUCGUGAAAAAUAGCGUAUAGCAGACACCAGUUAUUUUUUUGGUCAUUUUUUAUGAAACGCCCCGCUCGCGAGUUGAAGACGCGAAGACCACUCUUCCAGAGAGGUGGAGUCCGAGUUCUUAGUUCAGUAAUAAUUUUAACAUUAUCUAUAAAUAAAAAAAUCAGAGGUCAGAGACGAGGGACUUGAGAUGGUGUUAGAGUUAAGGCUUUCAGGAUGUUGGAAGGGAAGCCCCUCUAUUAAAGGGUGCCUUAAACCUCUGCUCGCUGAUGAUUUAAGAUCGUUGAAAUUACACUUAUGGCCUAGAAGUUGAAUGAGGUGUCGGCCACAUGUUGUUCAAAUGCAUUGAAAUGCAGUCCGGGCGUGUAGCGACAAAACCUUUCUUAUUACCCGGGGCAAUAUUUCUCCCUAAUGAUCGCUCUUUUCCUAAGCUUCUUGAGGUUUUCUGAGACACGUCUUUCUAGUACAAUGUUGCAUGUUUUUACUGAAGUCCACAAAAGACGGUAAAGCGGUAAUCAUAUGCAGUCAAGGACUGCCUUUUAUAAGAAAUUCGUUUUUUAAAAAGGGGACACGAAAAUGCAUUACAAAAAAAGUCAUUUUCUCCUCUUACGCUACAGUCAUUUUAAAUAUUUAACACAUGCAAUUAAAGAUUACAAUCUAAACUAUACGCCUGCUAGGCCGCGUAUUGACCAACUGUACCACUUAACAUUACCAAUGCAAUUGACCAAAAUUUUGAAGAACAGAAGUCAAAGAAGUUAUGCAUGCUUGCUACUUACAUAUAAAAAACCCAAUUCGCCAGGUUAGGAAACGAGAGGGAAACUGGGCCGAGUUA